AUGGACGACGAUAUACUAAGCCGCCAUGAAGCCCAGCUGAACCACUAUGCUGUGCCGGUUCAUCUUCGGGAGGAGGCGAUGCGUAAGGUUAUAGAGAAGGAAUUCUCUGCGCCGUGGACUAUGCAGGAUAAUGCUGUGGUGGUGGCGACGGAGGCGCUUGUCCCCGAAGCCGACGUGUGGGUCCUUGACCACGUGUGGCUCUUUCAAACGGCGAAGGACGCCGCCGAGCAGCUCAAAGCGAAUGACUCGUUGCGCGAGGACAUGGCGGCCAUCGCAGGUCACUUCGCCCAACAACCUUCCUCGGCCGCGGACGACGUGGACGCGUUGGUUGGUUGGAUCGUGGUGCAUCUGGUCCAUUGUGCGUACAGCAUCAAGUUCGGGCACACUGCAUCGGAUCUGUACCAUUACGUGCUGGCAAAUCUAGGCUCCAUGCUGACAUGCGCCAAGGCUACUGCCGACAUCAACAUCCACGUUGUCCCUCUCUUCUACAUGGACGAAGGCCGACUGGUGUCGCUCAUGUGGGCCGUCCAGCCGAUCGCGGAAGGCGCGGCGUUGGUACGGGCGCACGCAACCAAGAUCUCCCUCAUUCAACUCGGCAAACAAACGUACUGGGAAAGCCGGUACGAAGACGAAGACGAGUUCGACUGGUACUGCGGCUACGACCACGUCAAGGACGUCCUGAGGCGCCACGUGAGGCCGUCGCAGGCGGUGCUGCUGGCGGGCACGGGCGCCAGCACCUUGCCCAUCGACAUGGCCCAAGACGGGUUCACGAAUGUGGUGGCAAUGGACUACGCGGCCAACGUCGUCGACAAGCUCCGCACCAAAUAUGCGUCAACGCACGUGCAGUUUGUGCAGGCCGACAUGACCGCCAUGACUGGCUUUGAAGACGGUUCGUUCGACUGCAUUCUGGACAAGGGAUGUCUGGACACGAUGCUUCUCGCCCCGGAAACCCAGGUACACCAGGCCAACGUGUGGAAGACUCUGACGAGCGACAACGCGGACGAGUUCCCCGACGCCGCCGCGGCCAUGCGCGAGUUCAUGCGGCUGUUGUCAAGCGGUGGCAUCCUGCUGCUCAUCACGUACGGCAGCCCUAGCAACCGUAUGGGGCUGCUGGACUGGCACACGAACGACACACCAGGGUUCCUGUGGGAGAUCCUUGAAUGCCUCGAGCUCAGCCCCGACCAAACAAGCAGGGGCCUCGCCCAGCCCUUCUUUGUGUACGUGCUGCAAAAGCAAGCUCAAACCCCGUUAGAGCGUCAAGAUUGA